AUGGGCUGUUGCAGUGCCCGGGCACCCUCUGAGCUUGAGUUGGCGCAAAGCAGGUUGAACGUCCCCUCCGCUGGCAGCAGGUAUUUGCUCGGUAGUGCCUCGCCACUAUUCAAAUCACCAAGAAGCACGGCGGAAAGGUUGGUGACUCUGGAGCCUGGAGCAGCCUUUUGCAUCAUUAGCGAUGCUGGAGGAGGCUUUUUCCAGAUUGUGCCUGAUAAAGUUGAUUCCGGGGUCGGCUAUCUGAAGCUGGACGCCAAGCUGGCUGCCGCAGGGGCUUUGAGGCGCUUGCCGAGCUCGAGGGUGGUCCCUGGAAGAUAUCUCUUGAAAGAAGCGUGCACCCUGCGUGAGGGACCUUCCUCACAGAGCCAGGAGCUUGUCGAGGUUGGCCCCUGUGAGAGGUCAAGCCAUGAUCAGCUUCAGUCUCGACAGGUGAUGGCAGGACAGGAAGUCUUGCUCUUUGAGUUGGCCUGCCAUCCACGAGCCAGUGGCAAGUGCCAAGUCCACGCACGAGUGAAAACCCAAGGCCGGCGCAUUGGCUGGAUGCCGUUCAAUGACGAAGAGAUUUCCAAAUUGGGAGCAAUCAACUUGUUGGGUCCAGAUGUGGCGACAAUUGGGAAAGCGGCUUCGGAAGGUUUGACUUCUGGUCGUGCUCCGUGGCAGGUUGGCCAGUUCUAUCGGACUUUGAAAGAGCAGCCCCUUCUGGAAGAGCCGGUCAAAGCUGCUUCGCCGAAGGAGCUUGGCAGAGUCCCAGGUGGAUCGCUUGUUCAGAUCCAGAAGGCCGCUGACACAUCGACUCCAGAAUUGGGCCGAAAGCUGUGGCUUUGCAUUAGUGUGGCAGAUGGCAAAAUGUCGGGAAGUCACGGUUGGCUGCAGUCUAUGGAAGGCAGCGAAUAUUUGAUCGACAUCCGAGCGCAAUGGAGUGAGGAAAAGCUUGUUAUUGAAGAGUUGCUGGCGGCCGAGUUGGCGCCCAUGUCUGCCUUGCGAACGACAAAAAUUGGCAAGGUUUCUGGUGAACGGGCUUCGCAACCCCCGCUGGAGGUAUUGGGAAUGGAUGCGCAAGCUGACAGCCAGCCAGAACACGAGCUCGAGGGCCACGAUCGAGACAUCGCCUGUGGUUUCUGCACAUGCCGAUUGCUGCCAAUCGGGAGGUUGCAUCCGACAGUUCGCCGUGACCAUGAUGCUGGCCUGCCUCCUGCACCCGCUGACUCAAAGGCGCUUUCAACCCAAGAUCUGCGGCGUUGGUUGACCAGCGUCUACUCGCGCUUCAACCCAAACCUGCUUCCUCGCGUGCCAGAAUUCAUGGAGAAGUACCAAGGCAAAGAACCUGAGCUCGUGGAAAGUGUUUGUGGGAAAUACCGUGUUGCUGCUCCCCCGGGAUGGUGCAAGACAGGCUAA